GACCUACUUCCCACUUCCCAUCGCAAUAAAGCGGAAAGAAGUCCGAGCUUCAUUUUUUAUGCCAGUUACCUACCAAGACCAGAAAGGAAUCUCCACUUGCAGCACCAAAGUAACCCAUACCUACCCAAAUCUAUCUUUCCCACCGACAGUCAGACAGCACAGCACAGCACAGCAAAAAGAAUUAAGGAUCUUGCAUCUUUGACGAAUUGUUUUCUUCUAAAUCACACCCAACAUACCAACAACCCACUUACCUUGCCUCCCUCAUUUACUUCAACAGAUCUAGUCUAUGGUCUACAGUCUACAGUCUAACGUCCAAAGUCUAAGUUCUACCGUCUAUCGUCUCCCGUCUCCAGUCUGCAUCCUAUUGUCUUUCAGUCUAUACGCUCGAUAGUCCAUAGUCCAUAGUCCAUAGUCUUGUCUCCUUCCCAAUUCAUACUUUGUUCUCGAUAUAACCUCGAUACGUCACAAACGAAGGUCACAAAGAAGCCAAAGCUCCGUCUUCAAAGAUGUCUUCGAAACAAAUGGUUUUGUACAAAUUGGUGGUGCUUGGUGAUGGAGGUGUGGGUAAAACUGCUUUGACAAUUCAAUUAACAUUACAACAUUUCGUCGAGACGUACGAUCCUACAAUCGAAGAUUCAUACCGAAAACAAGUCGCAAUAGACGGUCAAUCAUGCAUGUUGGAAGUUCUCGAUACUGCCGGCCAAGAAGAAUAUACUGCGUUAAGAGAUCAAUGGAUUCGUGAUGGCGAAGGUUUUGUUUUGGUUUACAGCAUAUCAUCGAGAUCAUCCUUUACGCGCAUCCAAAGAUUUCACAAUCAAAUUCAACGAGUGAAGGAAUCAUCGUCCUCCUCCCCCAUAUAUCCCGGUUCUCCCAUAUCACCUAUCUCGCCUUCGGAGCCCGUACCAAUCAUGCUUGUGGGAAACAAAUGCGACAGAGUCACGGAACGAGAGGUGUCAACACAAGAAGGUCAUGCAUUGGCGCGGGAGUUGGGCUGCGAAUUUGUUGAAGCAUCCGCGAAGAAUUGCGUUAAUGUUGAAAAGGCAUUCUAUGAUGUAGUACGACAACUUCGCAGACAACGUCAGCAGAGAUCUUCAGCUUCGGGUAGUGGAAAGAGCCCCCGUGCUAACACCAUGGACAAUGGAAUGGUUCGAGAUGAAUCCAGAAAAUAUCGCCCCAAGAAGAAGGGACCCUGUGUUAUUCUAUGAGAAAUUCAUCUCCUUACACUUCAAGAUAUGUUUUGAGCUCAAGGCCUUUUUAUUUUCGCAUGGAUUAUCAACGACGUUUACGACAUUCCUUUGGCUGAAUGCCUCUUUUUUUUUCACCCGAGAUUUAUGAACCUCACUCUUCCCCCUUUACGUUUUCAGCAAGAGCUCUCUACCAUCUUCCCUCGACAGCGUUUGCUCAAUCAAAUUCCUAGCUGGGUCGGCGAAUGGAGUACCAAAAAGAGUGGCAUACGGCGUUUUCAUGUUUUUUUCUUCUUGGAAAAUAACUCCAUUCGAUCUCAAUAUCGACACCUUGUCACAUACGUCACUUCAUAUUAUAUUAGGAAAGAAUUUCCUCUCGAAUUUGUUAAUUACGCUUUAAAACGAUAACUUUACUUUGGGUGUCUAUGGCGCAACGAAAUCGAGAUGGCGAUUUAUUUUCAAAUGAGACGAUCAUCUUUUUCCCUAAAUGCGAUGUGCUUCUUUUGGAUUUUGAUCUUGAUAUGACCUUUUUUACCCUUUUUUCUAUUCUUCUUUCUACCUUUUCGCUCUCACCAUUUAUGACGAAAAUGUUUCCGUUUUCCGACUUCAGUCGUGUAACAUGGAACUGUCAUCUGUUCAUAUUUUAAGGGCUGGGCUUUCAUGACGUUCAUGUUGUUCAUGUUAUACUUGAUAUUUUGGUGGUUUUGGUUGUGAUGGGAGUAAGCAUUGAUUUUUGUUAUGUUUACGAAAUCAUGCUUGCUAACUAAAACUUUGGUUGCCUUAAUUUCACUUUUUGGGAGCUGGGUGGUUGGUUCUUUGUCUUUUCAAAGGGAUUGGGGUAUUACUUGAGUCCGUUACCUAAUCUAUUUGUCAUGCUUCACGCAAUCCUGGGAGAUGAAAGAGACGUUGAAAGAAAGAGGGAUAAGAUGGGGACGAAAUGAAUUUGGUGGAUUGUUUGAGAAUGAAUGGAGGGUAGAGGAUUGGAGGUGACAUCUAUACCGUACUGGAUGCGUGGGAAAAUUCCUGAGUAGGAUAGGAUUGGGUGGCGGGAGUGUACUGUCUAUACUAUACCUAGGAUAGACGGAAAGUGGAAUUCACUAAUUAGUUACUUGACUACGUACAAUGCGAAUUGUGUAGUUGGGAAUGAUGGAAUGGACAGCUGCGAUAGGAUGGCGAAUCAAUGAAAUUGAAAUAUUGAAAAAAAAAAUUA